AUGGCCUCGACCGCGCUCAUCGACGCCGACAUGGCGCCCACGCUACAGUCCAUCCUCGACCAGAAGACGCUCAGGUGGAUAUUCGUCGGCGGAAAGGGUGGUGUAGGAAAGACGACGACAUCGUGCUCCCUCGCAAUCCAGCUCGCAAAGCACCGCAAAUCCGUCCUCCUCAUCUCUACCGACCCCGCGCAUAACCUCUCAGAUGCCUUCAACCAGAAAUUCGGCAAGGAUGCGCGACUCGUAAACGGCUUCGACAACCUCAGCGCUAUGGAGAUCGACCCCAAUGGCAGUAUACAAGAUUUGCUGGCAAGCGGCGCGGAGGAGGGUCAAGAUCCCAUGGCUGGUUUGGGUGGUAUGGGCAAUAUGAUGCAAGAUCUGGCCUUUAGCAUUCCCGGUGUGGACGAAGCCAUGUCCUUCGCUGAAGUGCUCAAGCAAGUAAAGUCCAUGUCGUACGAAGUCAUCAUCUUCGACACUGCGCCCACGGGCCACACGCUCCGCUUCCUGCAGUUCCCCACCGUCAUGGAGAAGGCUCUCUCUAAAGUGUCCCAACUCUCCCGCCAAUUCGGUCCCAUGCUCAACUCCUUCCUCGGCGCAUCCGGCAGAUUACCCAACGGACAAAACAUGGAUGAGCUGGUGGAGAAGAUGGAGAACCUGCGGGAGACGAUUGGAGAAGUCAAUGGCCAGUUCAAGGACGCCGACCUCACUACCUUUGUGUGUGUCUGCAUUCCCGAGUUCUUGAGUCUGUACGAGACGGAGAGAAUGAUCCAGGAACUCAACAGCUACGAGAUUGACACGCAUUCCAUCGUCGUUAACCAGUUGCUGUUCCCCAAACAAGACAACCCUUGCGAGCAGUGCAACGCGCGACGGAAGAUGCAGAAGAAGUACCUGGAUCAGAUCGAGGAGCUCUACGACGAGUUCAACGUGGUCAAGAUGCCACUGUUGGUCGAAGAGGUGCGGGGCAAGGAGAAGCUCGAGAAAUUCAGUGAAAUGCUCGUCAAACCCUUCGUUCCACCGCAGUAG